UCAGCUAAAGGUGAGGAGCAUGGGACAGAAAGGCCCAGAGGCCCUGUGCUCCUUGGGGCAAAGCAGUGUCCUCCUUAAGACCUGGUGUCCACACUCAGCCCACAGACCCCCCAGGAGAGCGCCAGGAGUAGGAAAGCAGCUGUAGCCUGUGGCAUCCACAGAACGGAAGCCGCAGCUUCUCCCCCUUGCGUGGCUCCCAGAGAUCCUCAAUAAGGAACUGCUGUGCUGCACUGAAUGUUUGACGUUCCCGGAAUACAUUGUCCGGGGCUGGGACCACGUCUUCGCUGGGUUCCUGAUGACGGAAGACUGAGCCAACCGGGUCCCUGUUCUCAAGAAGUUCAGGGCUUAGUGCAGGGAACUAAAAAUGCAACGCGUUCAUUUAAUAAAUAUUUCCUCACUCUGUGCAAAGGUGAUGAAGGCGAGGUGCGAGGCGGCCCGGCGCCAGCGGGGCGGCUACGCGGACUGGUCUGUGAUGACCGAGUUGGAAGCGAGUCACCACCCACUCCUGCUACCCGCGGCUGACCAAGGGGCGGUCCGCUACUGAGGACACCCUCGCCCUCCCAGUUUCGCUGUUUUCCAGGCUGGACUUCGUACUUGAGACUACGGUGCUGGAAUUUACAGGCUUGGGCCACCCGGCUGGCUCCGAGAGGUUUGGUUGGCCAGCGCGGCCUCUUCCUGCUGUCAUCCGCCCUGCCAAUCGGCCGCCGGGGAGGGUGACGUGGGCCCGGCCAGCCGAGCGGCGUCAGGGCGGCCAUGGAGGAAGAGCAGCCCGACAGCCUGGAGGGCUGGGUGCCGCUGCGCCGGGACCUGUUCGCGGCGCCCCAGCGGCGGCGCCUGCGCUUCCUGGUGGCUUGGAACGCGGCGGAGCGCCAGUUCGCGGUGACCUGCCAUGACCGCUCGGCCACCGGCCGCGCGCCGGCCUGGGCCGAGGUGCUGUCGGCCGCGGGGCUGCGCGGCGCGCACCAGCAGCUGGUGGCGCUGGCCCCGGGCCUGGAGCGCCUCUUCCCGGCGCUGCCGCCCGAGCUGGCCGAGCCGCGCGGCCUGGGGAACGCGCUGUGGGCGCUCGUGUGGGGGGCGCGGCCUGCGGGCCCCGACGAGGCGGCGCUGCAGGAGCUGUGCGCGGGGCUGGAGCGCUACCUGGACGCGGCGGCCGACAUCUGCGGCGGGGACACCGUGCGCGACGCGCUCUUCCCGCGACCUCUCGCGGGGGAAGACAGCGAGACCCUGGACGCCUUCCGGAGGAGCCAGCUGCGCGCGGACAAGGAGAAGAGCGGCGAGCAACUGAGGCAGAUUCUUCAAGGACAUGGAAAAACCAAUACAAUGGUAGCAUUAAUGGAACUUUAUGAAAAAGAAGAUGAAGUAUAUCGGGAAUUAGUUCUGGCAGCAACUAAGUUUUUCCAGUUUUUACUGACACCGCUUAGGAAUAAGCGAGAACAUGCAACUUCAAGAAGGCUUAAUAUUUUGAAAUCACUGGAUAAUGAUAAUUUGGGUCCUCAGAGAGUGGCUACCCUGCAGAUGGAAGCCCAAAUGUGGGCCAGCGAAGCCGAAGAAGCUGUUGCCACUAUUCAAGAUACCACUGUGGAUUACUUUAAGGAGACAGUUAAGGCAUUAACAGAAAUGCAGAAACAAAUGGAAGCGGACAGCAAGAGAUUUGGCCAGGCUGCCUGGGCCAGCGCCACCCCCAGGUUAGAGAACCUCAAGCUCAUGGUUGCCAAAGAGACCCUGCAACUCAUGCGAGCCAAAGAGUUGUGUUUAAACCACAAAAAAGCUGCCAUCGAGAGAAAGAUGGAAGAUCUUCCAGGACAAGACAAAAAAAAUAUAUGUAUCAUAGAUGAAUUAGAAAUACAGUGUUAUGAAAUUCAAUUGGAAAUAUAUGAGAUUAAGUUUGAGAUAUUAAAAAAUGAAGAAAUACUCCUUAUUACAAAGUUGGAUUCUGUGAAAAGACUUAUAAAAGAGAAGCAGGAUGAAGUUGUCUAUUACGAUACAUGUGAAAGUCCAGAAGAAAUUCAGGGCCUUAGCUGUCAUGUGGCGGCGCAGGACGUUGAGAUUGCGGAGAUGAGAGCGCUCAGCCUGCGGCGCAGGCAGCUGGAGAAGAAGCGCGGCAAAAUCAGCGCCAAGAGAGCCCAGCUCAGGAACAAAACGGAUCAAUGCAAAGCAAAUCAUCACCUCCGAUUGCAACAGGCUGAAAAAAGUGUCCGACAUUUGCACGAGCACCACAGCAUUCAGAUGAAGCGAGACAAAAUAAAAGAAGAGGAACAGAAGAAAAAAGAAUGGGUAAACCAGGAACGCCAGAAAACCCUCCGGCGAUUAAGAGCCUAUAAGGAGAAGUGUCCAGCUCCAUCUGUAGUACCAACGUCUCCCUCGGAGCCCACGGCCCCAGGCCUGCCAGGUGACCUUGCCCCGCAGCUGCCCUCGCCCACUGCUCAGCCAGGCACAGCAGCUCGUCCGCGCUCCUGGAAAACCAGACGCGCCCCUCCCUUGGGUGAAGUGAGUGAUAUGAAAACCCCCGAGUAUCAAAACUGGCCCCCCGGAAACACCGCUCUCCCAGCUGGUCACCAGUCACACUUCAGAUCCAGUGAGGAGCUGUCGCCACCACCACAGCCACUGCCUCCGCCACCACCACCUCCACCGCCGCCACCUCUUCCUGCUCUGUCCCCCAGAUCCCAAACUGACACUCAUCGGAACCCAGGCCCCAGGGCCUCAGUGGACGAUGACCAGCCACGUUCUCUGAUGUGUGUAUCACCUCCUGAAGGUCUGCAUGGCUUCCUGGAAACUGUUCCAAGCCCAGGAUCCAUGGAUGAAGUGCUAGCCUCGUUAAGACAUGACAGAACUCGUCUCCAGAAAACAGAAAACAGAAGUGCUCUGUCCCCUUCCCGUGCGUCAGUCAAUGAGGACAUUCUGAUGGCCAUCAGGCAAGGAGUCAAGCUGAAGAAAGUGCCCCAGAACCCGGGCUCGGGUCCCAGCACCCGACCAGCCAGUGACUUGGAGAGAAGCAUCAAGGCAGCUCUGCAGAGAAUUAAGCAAGUGUCUGCCGACUCGGAGGAGGACAGUGAUGAGCAGAACCAUGACCAGUGGAACCAUUAGAGUCUUCUCCAUGUGAGACCAAGGUAGACAGGUCACACAUUGCCCCAAAAGAUCAGCCAGGCUUUGGGUAAGCAUUGCAGCUUUGAUAUGAUGUCAUGGCUCUCAGGAAGCAGAGCUGUGGUGACUGUCUCACACCCAGCCUGGUGCGGAUGAAAUCCAGUGAGUGUCGCCGGCCACGGCAACAGUGCUCACGUCUCACCUAGGUUACAGGAUCACCCUCGGAUGCAGGGUUUACAUGGCCCCUGUGGACAGCACUGUUAGACUGACUGUGCUCUCCUGUGCGCAUGCCACAGAGUUCCUCAGAUUUAAGGGUCUGAAUGUGAAUUUUUAUUUCAGCAACAAUCAGAACAAACUGCUUAUAUUCAGGAAUUAUUUUAAAUAUUUAAAUGAAACUUAUUUUAUGUAUCAAGCACUAUGUAAAUUCAUAAUAAAGAACUAUUUUCUAUCA